AUGUUUUUAACCGAAGCAAAUCCCAAAAAACUUCUAGAAGAAAUGUUUCAAUUCUCACCAUUAGAUUCAGAAAGUGCAACAAAACACGAUGUUGCUAGAUCUUUGGAUGUGCAUAGAAUGAGACAGACUCUGUCCUGUAACAAUCAUCUCCUUGUGGAGAAAGACACUCUUAAUAGGAUAGAAAAUGAAUUUUGUGACACAGCUGAAUGUUCAGCAAAUACUGAGUAUUCUUCUGGCAUAUGUUUGCUUAAUCGUUGUAUAUCAAUCAAAGAUGUUAAUUGUUUUACCUGUAAUUGUGAUAUAAUGCAUUGUCAAAAACAGAAACAAAUCUCAAAUAGUUAUGUGAGUUCUAAGAAAUACAAUUUCCGGAGAACUCCUGCACAUAAAAAUGCACUACUACCGAUUACUGAAAAAGUCGGUACACAAUGGCGGAAUUGUUUUUGGAGAACAUUUUUAAUCCCUUUUAUCAUUGUAUUGUGUGCAUCAUUAUGCAGUGCAGACACCAGUCAGUGUGCAAUUGGUCUCAAAACACCUGGAAGAACUUGGCCACCAGGGGACAUUGUUCUUGAAUAUGGUCAAUCAUUACGAAUACUUUGUAUAUUAAAUCAAACGUUUAUGGAUGCUGAAUUUCCUGGAAAGAAUGUCUCAGAUCUUGUAUUCUUUCGAAAUAAGAAGGAAAUGGAACCACAAUAUAUUAGUGUCAUUAAUGAAACUACAAUAUCAUUGGAUGUGGAGAGACCUCCACCUGCAGAAGACAUGUAUUACUGCAAAUUAAAGCUACACAAUGAUUAUAAUAAACAAUAUGAAGCAGUUUGUUUGAACAAAGUUGUGGUUGGAUUUAAACCACAAGAGCCACAGAACUUUACCUGCGUGUCUCAUAACUGGGAGAAUAUGUUCUGUUCAUGGGAUCCCGUUCAGAACUACGUUACAACGAAAUUUACACUCGUAUUCAAAUUGCCGGGAAGAGCAGGAGGACGAAAGUUAUUUCCAUGCCCAAAAGAAAGUGAGAGACUGUUGCAACAGAAUACAUGUCUGUGGGAUACGUCUACGAACCCGAUUUACCGUCAGCCUUACGAAUAUUACACGUUCAUGUUAAAUGUGGAAAACGUACUAGGAAAUACCAGUUUUCAUUACAAAUUUCAUCAUUAUGCUCAUGUUAUUCCCGCAAAACCGGCUAAUUUGUCAGUCAUUAAUAAAACAUCCGACAGCGCAUUAUUGCAUUGGAGCGUGCCUUUUCCUAUGCAAAACUUUCCACCCGGCUUACAUCAUAAAAUAACAUAUAACAAUCAGUUCGAUCAUAAGAAAACAUGGCAGGUAAUCAAUAUUAUAAACGACGUCCAUACACCUAAGAGAUACUACAAUCUUACCGGGUUGGAGUAUGCCAACACCGCCUACGAUAUACGAGUUUUCAUGAAAAGUGCUGUUGCAACAGGAGAAGAUAAAUGGAGUCAGUUCAGUGACGUUACAUUCAGAACAUCGCCAAAAUUACCUGGCCGUCCUCCAAAAACCGACAUUGGAAGCUUUGAAAUAGCGGAGAACAGUGCUAGCAGAGAUGUGUAUUUGUAUUGGCAAGCUAUACCAGAAUACUUACAGAAUGGUGACGAUUUCAAGUAUGAGAUUGAUCAUGUAGAAGAGAAUGGACGAAAACUGUCGCUCAUUCCCAAUGAAACGACGAAAACAUAUGCUAAAUUCAAAGGGAUUAGCUUCAAUAGUUACAGAUUUGAAAUCAUCACAACGAACAUUGUUGGAGCGAACAAGGAGCGUGCUAGAAUAUUUGUUCCUAGUCAAUAUGCAAUACCCCACGAGCCAAUAGCGUUUACAAAGAUCGCAUUUGCUGCGGGACUGUAUGAGCUAUCUUGGAAGCCACCACCUAUUAUGAGUUCAGAAAUCACGAAUUACACAAUUUUUUGGUGCGAUAACGAACGUGAUCGUCCUUAUCAGUGCACCGGUUAUCUGGACUGGGUGCAUGUGUCCAAGAAUACAACGAUAUACAACAUGACCGUACCGGAUCCUAACAAAGUAUACCAAUUCGCGAUUUCCGCGAAUACCAAUAAGGGAAGUAGUGGAAUGGUAUGGGCCUCGUGUACUGUGAUACACAACAAAGUUGUUGGAAAAAUGAAGUCAGUAUGGAUAAACCGCAUUGGCUCUGACUUCAUUGAAGUUGGGUGGAAACUGGACUGUUCGGAUCGUAUCGGAAUCGUAGAGGGAUUCAACAUAUACUAUUGCCCCAUCGUAUCGCCGUAUAACUUGAACUGCAAAGGCCCGAAACUGAACACAACGAUAAGAGCAGAUCCUCACACUAUUCACGGCGUGGUGAAUAACUUGAAGCCGUAUACAACGUACAUGUUGGCUGUCGCCGUGCUAACGAAAAGUGGAGAAGGAUUGCACAGUGAUCCAUUAUAUAACACAACACUCGAAGCUGCACCAAUAACUUCUCCGCAAGAUGUCAGGAUUAUAAACGUGACCAACUCGACUAUGUUCAUCACAUGGAAACCACCAGAUGCAAUGAAUGGCGUUUUGAGAUACUAUGAAGUGUAUUAUAAUAAGGAGGCACAGAAAGUCGAGGAAGCGAAUCACACCGAAUUGAAAAAUCUAAUGGCCCACACUAAUUACAGCAUUAGCGUUGCGGCGUGCACUGUGUCUUGCAGUGUAAAAUCGCCGACGAUCUACGCAGUCACCAAGAUCGGAGUACCUGGAAAAAUCAAUAUGCCUAUUGUGAGAUUCAUGAACUCCAGUCAAGUGAUCAUCAAGUGGAGUAAACCGAACAUUGCGGCUGGUCAUUUGAACUAUUACGAAAUAUAUUCAAGCGACGGUGAUAUACAAAACAGUACUGGAGCAGUGGCCCAAUUAGCUAUCCCUGAUUGCAAGACUGUAGGACGGGAACGACUAUACCAGUUUCGCGUCAGAGCUGUUAAUGUUGCGUACGAUAAUACACACUUAUACGGACCUUGGUCCGAUGCCGGCGAGGGAAACUGUUACAGCGAUAGACCAUCGUUCAGUGUUUGGGUCAUAAUAUGGGUGAUAGGAGGCAUCAGUAUUCUAGCAAUGAUCUUCUGUCUUGUACAUAUGUCAAAGAGAAUGUGGUUGAAAUGCAAAGCCAUGCAGGACGUCGAAGUCAAAUUACCACCAGGAUUGGCGCCUAACAUGAAGCUUCUACAGAAAGUGGGUGAACAGCACAUACGACAAUCUUCUGCUGAUUCAAGCGGUUGUUCAAGCGGCCAAGAAUCUGUUACCUCAUCUCUCACAUCUGAUUCUCAAGUUUCAAGUGAUAGUGGUACAGAGAUAGAUCCAGUGCCAGUGUCACCCAAUAAGUUGAUGGAAACAUUACCAACUUGGGAGGCCUCGAGUCUAAGGCAAAGAAACGUUGGGAUUACCAGACCUGGAUUCACUACAGAAACAGCACGAUGGGAACCGUAUGUGAAGGUUACAAAACCUGGGGAGCCAAUAAUUGGGGACACAUUAUCACUAGCACGUUCUACGCCCAAUUUAACAGAUAGUACGGGUUAUACAACGUCCCAGCAUACUUGGUCCUCAACUGGUUAUAUCAGCAUGCCAUCAUCAGAAGAACUAUCGAGUAAUCCAAGUCCUGUACCUAAAGAAACUUCAACUGCGGGUGGGUAUAGCAUCAUUGGAGCAGUUCCUAAGCCAAUAAAAUCAAAAUCCGAAGACGAUGGUGAUCUAACGGAAUCUACUGCAGACACACUGAUACCGAUCAAAACAGAGGCCAAACUCACAAAUCCGUACAUAACUUUAGCUUCCUUGGAACAGAAACAAAAGGAUAAAAAGACCAUUGAUUCUUUACGCGAUCUAGAUGAUCUGACGUUCACAGAGUCGAAUAAAGCGAAACUAGAAACUUCAGCGCCAUUUUCUACUUCUGACAAAACUUCGAAGCCGUACGUACAAACGGGAUUGAUUGACUCGUUAAAGAAACCGUUUACACUGAGUAGUAUCGAUGGUACAAGGAGUACUACAAUGUCUACUCCAUUUGCAUCAACGUCGCUGACUGACUCGUGCAACAAACCGUUUGUUUCCUCCUUCGUUAGUCCGACAUCUUUGUCAUCCGCAUUGGAUUCCUCAUCAAAGCCUUAUAUUUCCGUGUCCUCGAUAUCCGAGGUGUCGAAGAAACCGAGCUUUCAGUCGGCCGCUGCUCCGGAACCUUUGCAAAAAAUGGGUCCGCCUCAACCGUCUACAGCCGAUGGGUCGAAACCGUACGUUCUCGCAAGUUCGGUUUUCCAGAUGUUGCAGCAGCAACAAAUAGGGAUACCGAAAGCGACCGUUACGGAAACGAUAGAGGACCGUGACGAAGAGGACACUGCGACCGCGUAUCCUCUCUGUUGGCAGACCGGUGGAACAAAACCCAGUGGUAAGCUGGACGUGGAUAAACCAGUUAUCACGAGCAAACAGGACACCCGUUACGUUACCAUAGCGGAGAAUCCAAAGUUAGAUCAGCAUAAGCCACUGCCACAGAGCACCGCUGGACAGUCCGACGAACAAUACAGUAAAGUGACUGUUGUGCCAAGUACUAUUCAAUGAAAAGGAUCUUAAAUUCAGUGUUUGUCGUUUCUGUACGAACUUCCGUUGACACGGGAACAUCUUUCCAACGGACUAAGGUGGUGCAAUACGAUUUCGCAUUUGUAGGUGCUUUCAAAAUGUAGUCGACAACUGUAAGUCCUACAUGUCUUUUUACGACUAUAGUAUUUUAGAUCAACCGCCUGAAAAAUACUAAAUUGUAACGCGCGUCCCGAUAGUGGUGGGCAUGGACGAGUGUUUGAGAAGUUUAGUGUUUUUUCGAGGCUCGAUGCCGUGUUACGACUGAAAAAACGAAAUUAGAGAAGAAGAUUAUCGUGUACAACGAUAAAUUCGGAACGAGGACACACGUCGGAAACGAAAACGCUCUCAUUUGUGAAAGUAUGUACAAAAUGAAUUACUUUUGUAUCAUAUUAUUGUGCAAUGUGACGUGAAGGUCACUAGCAGCGCCAUAGCGUAAGGAUCCGUAGACUUAAGUAAAUUAUGUGGCAUA